CUGAGAGUUUUGGGGGUGUCCAAUAGUAGUCAACCUGAAGGUUAACACGUGAUGGUCUCAGAAGACAACCAACAGCCGGAGUCCAAUAGUGGUCAACCUGAUGGUCAAAACGUGAUGGUCUCAGAAAACAACCGACAGCCGGACUCCAAUAGUGGUCAACCUGUAUCUAAGACCCCUAUUGAUAAACAGUCCGAAGACAGCCAACCGCAAAAGACCCCUGAUAAAGGCCAAUCUGAGAAGAAUCUGGCAGAUGAUAUUGCUAAAGCUGAUGCGAAAGGUAUGGGAGCAAAGCUGAAUUCGAAGGUUGUCAGGGAUAAGGCUGCUGGGGUGAAAAAGAACUUGGAUUCGACGUUUGGUAAUGCCGAUGCAACAAAUGCUGAUUUGGUCUCUGAUUCUCCUGGUAAGGAACCACCAUUCGGACGCGGUUGCAGGGGCUUAGGGAAAAGAAAUAACUUAGCGGCUGAUUUGGACAGGAAUGAAGCUGAGUUAAAGAAGAAGCAGAAGCAAGAAGAAGCUGAGUUGAAGAGGAAGAAGAAGCAAGAAGAGGCUGAGUUAAAGCAGAAGCAGAAGAAAGAAGAGGCUGAGUUAAAGAAGAAAGAGAAGCAAGAAGAGGCUGAUUUAAAGAAGAAGAAGAAGAAGCAAGAAGAGACUGACUCAAAGAAGGAUAUUCCUACUUCAAAAAGGACUCGCAGUGGUACAAUAAGAAUACCCAUUCCGACUAAACAAAUUAAGAACACCAAGUAUUCAGAUGAACUGUGGCCGGAAUCUGAUGUGGAGGAAGAUGAAAGGAAAAGGUGUGGAAGAAUAAAGGAGUAUCGGCUGAAAGCUGUUCAAUUAUCUCCAGAUGGGUCUCAAAUGAGUGCGGAAUUUGGUCUUUCUGUACCAUUUCCCCACAUCGGAGACAAUGUAACGACGUGCAUGAGAAAAGGUUUUGAACCUUCACCUGCAAUAUAUGAUCCCCUAGGACCUGUUGAUCCGGUUAAAAGGGAUAAUCUUUUGCAACACCUAAAGCCACACGAGGAAAUUCCACAUGGAGAAGCUCACGAGGAUAUUGAGUUCUACAGAAUCCUCAUCACUCCAAGACCUUGGCCCAUCAAAGAAUAUGGAUGGCUGGUUCAAAAUGUAAGUAUGUAGCUGAGUUAUAUUUACUUUACGGCUAAGUUAUAAGUAUGGUACAGCUGAGUUAUAUAUUAUCUGUGCAGCAUAUUGCUUCUUAUAUUAGAGUCCUCAUUCAAAGGUCCAAACAAGAUCCCAGUCCAUUCUGGUCCAAGCGCGUUGCCUUUAUAGUCUCUUGGUUCCUUGAAUCUUGGGUUCACGAUUAUAAGCAGUUCGAAGUCAAACCGGAAAUGGUCAAAUUCAAAGGAAGUGGUUACGAAGGGUUAGCAAACGGUUUGAUCCCCACAGACAUUCAGACAAAGUUGCGGUGGUUUACAGAUGUAGAUCACUUGUACAGAGUGAUUAAUACUGGCGGCAAUCAUUGGGUGGCUUUUCACGCGGAUCUGCAUAAAGAGAAGGUUGAUUGCUAUGAUUCCAUCGUUGGAGAGCAAACACUCGAAAGUGAUCUGAGAAUGCUAAAUUUCUUUGGGCCGCUUACUCGUAUGCUCCCUGCGAUUCUGAAUGCCCUUAUUCCUGAUGAUAUCCGAGUCCCUACCAAGAAAGAGUUUGUAUUCAGACGAAGAACAAAACGUAUUGUUCCACAAAACAACCUGAGAGGCGACUGUGGAGUGUAUUCAUUGAAGUUCGUCGAAUGUCUAGCGCUUGGUGUAGCUUUUGAUGGGAUAUCGGAUGAAAAUAUUCAAGGUCUGAGAAUGAAGAUGGCAGCAGAUGUCUUCAAUGAAGGAAGUUGUUGUAGUUUGGUAGGGUCGUUUGGCGAUGAAUGAAGAUGAGUUUUGUAUGACUUAUGGCUAGAUAUUUUGUACUUGACUUAAAGUUAUGAUUUGUUUAUCGUAACUCAGCCACCUUGUUUAAAUUACGCAGCCGUUACGUUAGAUAUAGCUCAGCCAAACCUCAAACCAUACCCUAAAAUAGGGAAAUAUUUAAUAAGUCAGCCGAUUCGUCUUCAUAAAACAGCCGUUUAGGUAGAUAUAGCUCAGCCAAACCUCAAACCAUACCCUAAGAUAGGAAAAUAUUUAAUAAGUCAGCCGAUUCGUCUUCAUAAAGCAGCCGUUAAGGUAGAUAAAAGUCAGCCAUACCUCAAACCAUACCCUGAAUUAAAAUAAUUGAUAUGUUUAUACUUAAAAAUGUUAUAACAUUCCCUAAUAAGUGAAUAUAUAAUCAACCGAACGUCUCUUAUUUAUUUAAUUAACGAGUUUAGAAUCGAUCAUGAUCUUGAGGUAUAUGUUGUCUUGCAGUUACUUAAACCCUUACAUGUAGAUAUAGAGUGUGAUCAUAAUACAACUUUCCUAAACUAUAUACAACGCAUUUUAAGACUAAAUUUAUGUUAUUUGUUAUAUUUAUCAUACCGUUAUUCCAAAUCCUAAACAUAAAAUCCCUAAAUAAACAAAACUAAACUCUAAAUACUAAACCCUAAACCCUAAAUCCCAAAUAUUAAUUCAGCUGUAAUAGGCUAUAUAACUCGGCCGCCACGUUUGUUAAAUGUUGUCGUUUGGCGGGAAAUAAGAUAAAUGAAUUUUGAGAAAUUUCAAUUCCCGCCGUUUCACGUUCUGUGUUUCUCUAUAUAUAGUGCCCUCUUUAAUACCCUUUCUUACGCAUUUAUCUCUCUAGAAAAAACCUAAACAAUAUCUCUCUAUCCCCAUCAAAAGCCAUGCCGAUUGUUCCUGAAAAUUCAGAGAGGUUAGAGAACAGUGUUUUUGCGAUACUAAGCUCUGCAAAUCGUGAAAACCUCCCUGUUCUAUACCCUGGUCCGUGUGACUUGCUUGACACAACCAGCCCUACAUGGUUCAUGCAUGGCCGACAUACUGUGACAUUCCCGAUCAUUUUAAAGAACGCUGGUUUCUUCAACUCGUUGUAAGGCCCGACAUUUGUUCAUAUAUAUUAAUAUAUACCAUUGGUCUGUAAUCUUUGUAUUUUUUGUUUGCCGUAGCGGACAAACACAUGGGAUCAAAGGCAUCAUUUGACAGUUUGGCGUAAUUUUAAUCUUGUGGCCAGAAGUCUAUUUCGUUGUCAGAUGCCCCUUUUGAGGUGGACUUGGUUGGAAGGAGGCGAGAAGCCAACUUGGAUGCUAACCAGCGUUUGGCUUGAUCUCUGCCACAUGUUUGAAGAGUCUGGUCCAGAUAAUUUUGGUUCCUGAAAGUCUUUUCGUGUCUGUAUUUUAAACUUCAUUAUUUCAGCCAUAACUUGUUUCAAUGAUUCAGCCGCAACUAGUUUGAAUGUAAUCUCGGCCACACAUUUUAUAUAAUUCAGCCAUAACUUAUUUCAAUAACUCAGCCGUAAUUGUAUUUUGAAACGCAUUAUUUCUGUUUGUGAAUGUUAUCUCGGCCACAUAUCUAAUAUAAUUAAGGUAUAACUCAGCGAUCAUUUUAUUUAAAUAAGUCAGGCAUAUCGUAUUUAAAUAACUCAGUCAUCAUUGUAUUUAAAUAACCCAGCAUCGAUUUAAUUUUAAGUGGCGGUAUAUGGGAAGUUCCAUCAUUAUGCGCGUGGGAAAAUUUGGCUGCAAUGAUAAUAUCGAGACUCAUUAUUACGAGUUUUUAUAUAUAUGUUUCAUUUACAAUAUCGAGACACUGAUAUUAUAUUGUAUUUUAUAUAUUUAAUAGUAUUAUAUCUGUGAUGUCGAAUCUCUUCUUACAAAGUAAAACAAUUUUUAGUUUCCAAGGACUUUGAAAUCUAUUUUAACAAUGUCUUCCUCAUCCUUCACCUCAGGAAAUUAUUACAGACGACGUAGGAAUACGGAAAGAGGAACGCCGAAAGAGUGUUGGUGUGGUGCACCAUCUGACAUUUUUACAUCUGGAAGCGAAACAAAUCCAGGAAGAUUGUACUAUUGCUGUGCAAAAGGAUAUCAUAAGGUUAGUUCUGGUUCUUAUUUCCCAUGUUCGCAAACGUAAUACUUAGAUCUGGUUACAUUGGUGAAAACAGAGUCAUUUAUUCAAAUGGGCGGAUGAGUGCUUGGUGGAAGAGGUUGAAGAUAUUAAGGCAGUGAUAAAUGGCAUGAAUAUAGACAUCUCGGAGUUGCGAGUUAACGUUGCUCGGUUGGCGAAUGGAGUAAAGACAGAAUCUGAGAGAAAAGGAGGCGAAUGUUUGAGUGAGAGUCGGUGUUUGAGGAAUGUGGUUGUUUGUGUGGCUGGAAUGGCGAUACUUUGCUACUACUACUUCUCUGUUUAGUCAUGUUUUCUCACAUAAGUCAGCUUUCGCGUAUUAUGUAACUCAGCCUUUAUUAACUUUUAAGUUGUUUUAACUCAGUCGUAUGUAACAAAACUAUGCGUUUAUUAAUAUAUAACUCAGCCGUUAAAUCAAAUUGAUAAAAGCGAGAAUGUUUUGUUACCUCUGGUAAAUGACAUAAAUAGUCUUUGGUUAGUUUUAUUUACUUUUAUGCUCAUAUAGUCUCAUCAACCAGUAACAUUGAUUGACCUAACAAUUAGAAAAAAAAAACAUUGUCGGAAACGGAGAAGGAACCGCAAGGAUACGAAAUCGCCGUCGACAUUGUGUUUACUUCCUCUUCCUAAAAAUAACUAUGAGAUCUCCGUUAUCGUUAUCGUUAUCGUUCGUUUGUACGAAAUCGUCUUUGCCGCAUUCAUAUCUACAAGUUCGUCUUUUCGGUAGGAUGUCGUGACGUUAAAUAUUGAUUUGGGGUUUUGUUUCGAGUGAGUUAGGGCUAUGUUUCGAGUGAGUUAGGGUGUAGUUGUGAUUAGGUUAUUGUUGUGUUGUAGCUGAGUUAUUGUUAUGUUGUGGCAGAGUUAUUGUUAUGUUUUCCCUGAGUUAUUGUUAUGUUGUGUCUGAGUUAUUUUAAUGUUGUGGCAGAGUUAUUGUUAUAUUCAUUGAGUUAUUGUUAUAUGUCGUGACUGAGUUAAUGUUUGUUUAUUUGUUCAGAUGGAUGUUUCUGAUGUUAAAUCACGGGGUUACCCUCCAAGACUUUAUCAUGUAGGGUCUUCUAACCUAGAAAAUAAAGAUAUUAAUCACAAUUUCCGUUCACGAGAUUUACCUCAUAUUAUAGAAACACUAGGAGAAGAUGUAUGGAAAGCACUGGUGAACUCUCCCAUUGGAGUAGUUGCUAGGCUAGUUGAACGCCGAAGCGUGUGGUCUGGUAGAACAGUACACUAUCUACUAUGUAGACAGCUGCGAGUACAUAGGAAGGAGAUAUGGAGUCUGGUGGUUGAUGAGCCUAUCAGGUUUAGCUUGGUAGAAUUUGGUGAGAUAACUGGGUUAAACACUGGUCCAUUGCCAACAAAAAGUUUUGAACCUGAUCCUGAUAAAUACAAACCGUUUUGGGCGAAGCUGAAGGUGUCGCUUGGGAGGGGACCCACGUUGGAUGAACUGAAGAACUCAAUAGAGAUCUGCCCGAGUUGGACAUUUGAAGAGCGUAAAUGGCUAGGGCUAUUAGUUCUUCAACACAUGGUACUUUAUUGUUUGCAUCAAAAUUCUCGGGUGCCAUUUGAAAGUGCCAAAAGAGUGUUUGACGAUGAAGCCAUGAAGUCGUAUCCAUGGGGUCAGACUGCAUACGAAGUUCUCAUUGACUCUAUUAAAACGUUGGCUCCAGACAGGGGGUCAUACACAUUAAGCGGCCUAAAGGAUGCGUUAUUGAUUUGGGCGUAUGAAUCCAUCGUCUGCUUUGGCGAGUGUUUUGGGAGAGUGGUGAAUAAUGAAGACGUUCCACUUUUACGAUGAGGUGGAAAGCGUACUCGUGCAAAUUUCGAAAACUUGUUGUCUGCCGAGAUAAAACAACAUAGCCAGGUAAGGUGUAACGCUGCGUUUUGAUUUCUUAAGUGGCUGAUUUAUUAGACUUAAUGGCUGAGUGUUGUGUUUAUUUGGUGGCUGAGUUAUAUUAUGACCUGGUGUUACAGGUGCGUGUUAGGAGAAUGGUUUCGAAGGAGUCAAUCGAAGAGUUGUUGCCUGAAUGGUCGUGUCAACCUGACGACCCACAACUCGUUAACUUGAUAACAGACAUACAUGCAGGUAGAUUUGUGAAAGGUUUUUGGGAAGUGCAUGGAAAUGCGGAGGGGAAGGGUAACGAGAAGAAGAAGAAAGCUGAGCCACCCA